CUUUACCUACCUAGCUAGCUUAUUUAUACAGCGGAUCGGAUCCUCCUCAAACACUCCUAUUACACCAUCUCCAGCAGCAGCUGCGUGCUUGCCUGGCGCUGCCGCGACCACCGUACGUACCCCGGCCGACGCGCGCGGCCAUGGAGGCCAACAAUAAGCCGAAGCUGGAGGAGGAGCACGGGAAGGCGUACGCCGUCGCCGAGGAAGAUGCUGCUACUACCAAUCACAAGAUGAUGAUGAAGAAGCACCUCUCCGACGACGACGAGUCCGCCGCCGGCGAGCCGGAGGAGAACUACCGCGGGUGGAAGGCCAUGCCUUACGUCAUAGGGAACGAGACGUGCGAGAAGCUUGGCACCAUCGGCACGACGGCCAACCUGCUGGUCUACCUCACCACCGUCUACGGCAUGAAGAGCGCCAGCGCCGCCACGCUGCUCAGCCUCUGGGGCGGCACCGUCAACCUCGCCCCCGUCCUCGGCGCCUUCCUCAGCGACUCCUACCUCGGCCGCUACGCCACCAUCGCCCUCGCCUCCAUCGCCUCCUUCGUCGGCAUGAUCCUCCUCACCCUCACCGCCGCCGUCCCCUCCCUCCACCCGCACGGCGGCACGGGGCCCUCCGCGUCCCACAUGGCCGUGCUCCUCGUCUCCUUCGCGCUGCUCGCCGUCGGGGCCGGCGGCAUCCGCCCCUGCAACCUCGCCUUCGGCGCCGACCAGUUCGACCCCCGCACGCCCGCUGGCCGCCGGGGGAUCAACAGCUUCUUCAACUGGUACUACUUCACCUUCACCAUCGCCAUGAUGGUCUCCGCCACGGUCAUCAUCUACCUCCAGAGCAACGUCAGCUGGGCGCUCGGCCUCGCCGUCCCGGCCACGCUCAUGGGCCUCUCCUGCGCGCUCUUCUUCAUGGGCACGCGCCUCUACGUCCGCGUCCGCCCCGAGGGAAGCCCCUUCACCAGCUUCGCCCAGGUCGUCGUCGCCGCCUACCGCAAGCGCCGCCUCCCGGCGCCCAAGGGCGAGCUCUUCGACCCGCCGCACCGGAGCAGCCUCGUGUCCAAGAUCGCCUACACGGACCAGUUCCUUUGCCUGGACAAGGCGGCCGUUCUCACCGCUGAGGACGAGCUCACGGCCGACGGCACCACGGCAGUGAACCCGUGGCGGCUGUGCACGCUGCAGCAGGUGGAGGAGGUCAAAUGCCUGGUGCGGCUGCUCCCGGUGUGGUCGUCGGGGAUCGUCUACUACAUCGUGCUCACCAACCUGGGCAACUACAACGUGCUCCAGGCCAUGCAGACGGACCGUCACCUGGGGCGGUCGGGGUUCCAGAUCCCGGCGGGCUCCUUCGUGGUGUUCAACAUGCUGGCGCUGACGGUGUGGCUCCCCGUGUACGACGGCGUGUUGGUGCCGGUGCUGCAGCGGGUGACGAAGCGCGAGGGCGGCAUGACCCAGCUGCAGCGGAUGGGCACGGGCCUCGUGCUGUCCAUCGCCACCAUGCUGGUGGCGGCGGCGGUGGAGCGGCACCGGCGCGCGGCGGGGGACGCCACGUCGUGCUUCGUGCUGGUGCCGCAGCAGAUCCUGGCGGGGCUGUCGGAGGCGUUCGCGGUGAUCGGGCAGGUGGACCUGUACUACAAGCAGUUCCCGGAGAACAUGCGCAGCGUGGCCGGCGCGCUGCUGUUCCUGGGCUUCGCCGCCGCCAGCUACGCCAGCGGGGUGAUGGUGACGGUGGUGCACCGGACGACGGGAGGGAGCGACGGGCGGCCGGACUGGCUGACGCAGGACCUCAACCAGGGGCGCGUGGACCUCUACUACCUGGUGAUCGCGGGCAUGGCCGCCGUGAACCUCGUCUACUUCGUGGCGUGCGCGCGCUGGUACAGGUUCAAGGAGUCGGACUCGGACGCCGCCGCCGCCGUCGAGCUGGAGGAGAAGGACAAGGUCUCUGUUACUGCUGGCGCCGCCGCACCUCCACCUCCAGUAUGAUCCUCUCCGAUGCAUGCAUGAUCGGAUCCUCCCUAUACUAGUGUCUCGAUCGCUUACAUUCAUUCAAAGGGAAGGGGAAUUAAGAAAAGUAGUAAAUAUAUACGUAGGUAAGGUAACAGAUAGAUAGAUAGAUAGAUGGACAGGCCGGCCGGUUGCAAUAUAAUCGAUGGAUGGAUCCGAUGAUGUGUUGGUUGUUGAUUCCUCUGCCCUGGGUUCAUGACCAGAGAUGGGUUAUAUAUAUGAGCAUGAGAGCAUGCAUGCAUCCGUCUGAAUUUUGUGGGGAACUAAUA